AUGUCGCAGGCAAGUGAUAUGAAUCCAUCAAUAUCCGUGGAUUAUUCUAAGGUUGCCGCUUACUUACAACUGGAUGAUGAAAAGAUAAAAGGAUUUGAUGAGUCAUUAGUAAAGAUAUUUGAACAAAAAGCCCAUGCUUUUGAGCAGUUAAAGGCAGAGAACAUGCGUUUGUCGAUUACGAUAGAUAGUGUGAAGAGUAGUUCAGAAAAGAAAAUUGGAUCGUUUAAGAAGCAGGUCGAAAAGCUACUGGCCGAUGCUGAGGCAAGGCAGCAAGAGAACAGUAAAGAAGAGGAUAUGAGACUGAAACUAAUUGAAGAGAAGGGCAGACUUUCGCAGGAGAUUGUGCUGUUGCGUUCCAAGGUUGAAGAACAAAAGCAGCAGCGUGAACUUGCGGAAAUGGCAAAGCAAGAUAUAACGAAACUGCUUGAAGAGAAGAUAUCUGAUUUACAAGCGACUAAAUCAGAGGUAGAUAAACUGCUGAGCACCAAUAAAGAGUCGCGCAAACAAUUGAUGGAGUUGGAGUUAGCUUCACAGAAUCUUAAGUCCCAGGCGUUACGCGAUAGCUCUAAGAUAGAAAGGUUGGAACAGGAGUUGAACAUGACCAAGUCUAACAAUGAAUGGUUAAGUAGUCAACUAGAAGCCAGAUCCACCGAGCUGAAUGAGUACAGGGGAAAGACCAAUGCAGAGCUGCAAAGCUGUCAUAGCCAACUGAAUUUUGUAAGCAACGAUCUUGACAUUGCACGUUCAAACAAUAAUAUGCUGAAGAAAAAGACAACCGAGUUAUCAAACCAAUUGACUGAAAAGCUGGAAGAAGUUAAAAGGUUGACUGAUUUGCGGAAUACUGAAAAGGAGGAAUUUACAAAAGAAAUGUCCCUGAAGCAAAGGUUAAUCGACCUUCUUGAAGGACAAGUUGAUUCAAUGAAGGCAGAUCUUGAAAAAGCCUACAGCAUAGACCAUGGUACUUCUUUCCCACAAAGCGAAAAAGAUCGUAUUUUGGACGAAUUGUUUGAUACAAAGAAAAGACUUGAGUCUUCUCAGGCCAAAGUUGCUAAGCUCGAGAAAACUGUUAAUGAACUUUUAUCUAUUAAUGACAAUAUUGCCAGUGCAGACCUAAUGAGUGAAACUUCAUCAAUAUCUUAUCAAAAUCAAUCUCAUAAGCUACAUGGGGAAAUUGGACUUCUAAAGAAACAAUCAAUUAAGGAGAGGCGGCAAAAGGAGGAACUUGAGCAUCAGGUGGAAGCUUUUGUGGUGGAAUUGGAGCAUAAAAUCCCCGUUUUGAACUCAUUUAAAGAAAGGACUGAGUUAUUGGAGAAAGAGUUGAACGAUGUUACGCUUCUUCUUGAGUCAACUGCUCAAGAAAGAGAUCAAAGAACCGCCGAAUUGAAGCAAUACAAGAGCAAGAUAAGUUCCUAUGAAGAACAAGUAUGUUCUUUAAUCAGACAGCGUUCAGACCUUGCUCACCAGGUUCAGUAUUUGUUAAUAAAUAUUUCCGUAACAGAAGAUUCUAGAGGGCCGUUAUCUUCUAAGGAGGUAGAGUUCAUUCGGAAAAUUAUUGCCUCUGAAGACGAUGCUGCAGAAUCCGAUACACAAACAGUAAUUUCCGAACGAUUAGUUGAAUUUCAAUCUGUGAUAGAAUUGCAGCAGAAAAAUGUGGAACUUCUCAAUACUAUACGGCAACUGGCAGAUAAAGUGGAAGAAGAAGAAAGAAAAUCACGCUCAUCAUCAAAAGCAGUAGACCAAGAAACCAUAAAGGAAGCUAAGGAAGCAAUUUUAUCUUUACAAGAACAUACACAGAAUUUAGAAGACCAAUUAUCUAUCUUGGCAAAAGAACGAGAUGCAUUAAAGCUCCUGGUUGCUGGCCAUAGGAACGGCAAAGAGCGUAGCGAACUAUUACCUAAAGAGCAGUUGGACGAAGCAAAGAAAAGAAUUGUAGAAUUAGAAGAUCAUCUAAAAACUGUUUCAGAGGAAUCAUCCAAAAAUAUGAAAUUACUAAAUGAAGAGAUCAUGAAUCUUUACAAGUCGAAGUCCCAAGCUUCACUAAGUAUGGAAAAGGAAAGAUCUUCUAGGAUAUUAGCGGAAGAGAGACUAAAGUUGUUGCAUACCACAUUAGAUUUAACUAGAAGUGAAAAUGACGAACUAAAAAAGAGAGCCGAAAAAUUACAAUCCAUUGUACUGGAACAAGAUGCUAAAACACAAUCUACUAUUGAGGAAAUAGUUUUGACUAAGUCUCGAGUGUCUGAGUUAAUAUCUCAGUUAAGCAUAGUUCAAUCUGAGCGCGAUUUGCUGCGGAAGAUUGAAUCAGAACUAAAAAAUGAGAAUGAGAAUCUGUCCAAGCAAAAAUCUGAGUCAUUAAUACUUAUUUCCCAAUUACAGACAUUACAGAAUGAACGUGACACACUUCUGGACGAAACUCAGCGUAGUUACAGGGAAAAGUUUGAGCGUGUAGAGGCAGAUUUGAGGAACGCUCGGGAGCAGUUGGAUAAAAAGUCAAGAGAGUUAGAGGACCAAAGGUCAACAGAGUCUGCUCAAUUUAAGUGGUUCCAGACAAAGGUUGAUUCUUUAAACGAGGAAUUGGACUCUACACGGCGCUCUUUGCAAGAGAAAGUCAUUUCAGUUGAAACAUUGCAGAUACAAAUAAGUAACCUAACUGCAAAAUUGGAAGAAACGCAACUUCGGGCGCAGUCAUAUAGCGUUUUAACGAAUUCUGAUGGCGCAUCUGAACAGAUAGAGUCUCUGCGUAAGAACCUAGAAAAGGCAAAUAUCAAUCUAUCGGAUGCUUAUUCCCAGAUAGAACAUUACAAAUGUUUAUCCAAGGCAUCUGAAGAAUCCGCCUCUGAGAUUUCAAAAGUUUUGGAAGAAUCUCACGAAAAUUUCAGAAAACGCAUUUCAGAUUUUGAAGAUGAAACAAAUAAAAUGCGUGAUCAUAUAUCCAUGUUGACUGAGGAAGUGAAGAACUUAAAUAAUGAGCUGGACUAUCAAAAAUCUCAGCAUGAAAAGGAGAAGUCCGAUUUAGCAAAUAAACUAAGCAUCCUCGAAGGCUCUCAACAGAGUGUUGAUACAUUAAAGUCAGAGUACGAGCAGAAGAUAGCCAAGCUCCAGGAAGAUCUUAACGAGCAAGCUCAAUAUGCGAACAAGGCUAUAAGCAAUUAUGAACAGGAAUUGCAGAAACAUGCAGAUGUCACGAAGACCAUUAGCCUGUUACGGGAAGAAUGCCAAAAGUAUAGGGCUGAGAUGGAGAAGUUCAGACAAUCUGCAAGAGACGCACACAAUGCACUUGAGCGUGGUGAUAGAGAAUGGUCCCAACAAAAAACUGAGCUUGAGAAGCAAUACAGCUCGUUACAGCAACGCGUUGAAGAGCUAACUACACAAAAUAGGUUAUUGUAUGAUCAGAUAGAACUUUUGUCGAGGAGCAAAGAGUCUGCUAGUUCUAACUCCGAAGAUAUAUCUUAUGAUGCAAGAGAAUUACUUGUUACAUUAAGGCGUGAAAGGGAUAUCUUAGCAACAAAGUUGGAUGUGUCGCUCAGAGAGGAGAAGAUUUUAAGGCAAAGAUUAGAAUUAACUAAAUCUGAAUUAGAAGCGGUUAGGGUUGAGUUGUCAAAAACACAAUCUCUGUCCAAUGAUACUGCGAUCACCUUAGAAAACCAGGAGCAAAUCAUGGAGAAGUUGAACCAACUGAAUCUGUUGCGUGAAAGCAAUGUUACUUUACGAAAUGAGAGUAAACGAUACGUUGAAGAAAACCAUAAGUUAAAGGAACAAAUCUCAGAGCUUCAGGAAAGAUUACAGCCUUUGGAGUCUGAACUGAGAUCCUCUUCUAUGAAAAUUACCGAGAAGACGCAACAAAUUGAUCUUCUUAAAGAGGAAAUUGGCCGUUGGAAGCAGCGGUCAGAAGAUAUCAUACAUAAGUAUGAACGUGUUGAUCCUGAAGAAUAUCGAAAACUGUUGGAUAAAGUCACCGAAUUGAAGGCAGAGUUGGAAAAGAAGUCCUCUGAAUAUAAUGAGUCACAAGAGAGGUUCAAGAAACUGAGAAAGCAAGCCAAUGAAAGGUUAGUGGAAUUAAAGAACGCCAAACAAGCAGUUGAAACGGAACUGGAAUUGAACACAGAAGCUAAAGCAAAGUUAGAAGCACAGGUCUCAGAUGCUCAAUCUAAGAUUGCAAAAUUGGAACAACAGCUGAAUGCAAAACCUGAAGGGUUAGAUAUUCAUACAGAAAAUCUAAAGAAAGAGCUGGAGGAAACAAGAGCAAAAUUAGCCGAGGCAGAAGAGACUGUAUCUUCCUUGAACUCUGCCAUUGCAGCUUCUGAAUCAUCUUUUAGAGUUCAAAUUGAUGAAUUAUCUGAGAAGAUUAAGUUACUUGAAAAGAAUGAAGCAACAUCUUCAGCAGAGAAUAAUAGCGAUCAAGAUAUGCCGGCUAAUGUCGCUGUGAUAAUUGGGAAUCUAAAAGCAGAGUUUGAACAAGAACGUCAAGCCUUACUAGAGCAAAACGAAAAAAUACUCAACGAGAGGCUGGAAGCACAGAGGAAGGAGAUAUUAGAGGAAUACGAGAAAAGCAAAAAGGAUUUGGAAGCCGCAAAAGGGACAUCGCAAUCAACUCCUUCUCUUGAUGAAGAAGCUUUAAGGAAACAGCUUGAAGCAGAACUUGAGUCUGAGACUUUGCAACGAAUCCACGAAGCAGAAGAAGCACUCAAGAAGCGUAUUAGAUUACCAUCGGAAGAAAGGAUUAACCAUGUCAUCGAAAGAAGGCAAAAGGCCUUAGAAGAAGAAUUCGAAGCAAAAGUUAAUGCAAGGGCCAACGAGUUGUUUAAAGAAAACCCUGAAUCAUUUAUAGGUAAUACUGCUGAAUUGAUCAAGAGUCACAAAGAUGAAAUACAAAAGCUCAAGGAUGAAUUAAAAGCUGAGUUUGAGGAGCAAGCCAAUCAAAUUAGAAGGAAGGCAUUGGAAGAAGGGAAACAGCAGUUGAGUAUGAAAGUUAGACUUCUAGAAAGCAAAAUAGCUAAGUUAGAGGGCCAGGCUAAAAGUUCAAACUCUAACGUGCCGGCCAAAAUUCCAAUGAACAAGAAUGAUAAUGCCCUUCCAUCAGCGACACCAAUUGCAUUGCUGCCUUCGCCAUUCCAAGUUGCGUUUGGGCAAGCAAAUUUUGGGAAUACGUCUUUUGGAUCUUUAGUAAAGAAAUCCGAGGAAGUGAAGGAGGUCAACCCAACAGCUCCUAAUAUUAAGAUCGAAAAUGAGAACAUGCCUACAAACAAGCGACAAUUUGAAGAGGAGAACUCAGAGUCCUCAGAGAAACGUUUAAAAGAAGAGUAA